UUUAACUAUCGAGACUAUCGAGAUGCUGGAUGCUCUUGGGCUUGGUAUCUAUACUUUUCAUUUUAUACGAAGCGCAUGGAUAUAUUUCUUAAGUUCAAGGGCUGCAAAAUGUUUUGAGUAGUUUGUUUUUUACAAGAAUUGGCACAAUUGUACCUCAAAUAUCUGUUAUUAGUUGCCUACUACUCCUGGGAUUUUAAAAUGGAAACUAGAGAUUUUAAUUUAAACGAGAGACCAGAAAGUGGGACGAAGCUUGAAUUUUCAUCUACAACUUUGCCUUAACUAUACUGGAUUUAUCGGUUUUGGAUACAAACAGGAAAGCGCAAUGGAAAUAACAUUUUUGACUGUAUUUUGUUUGCUCAGUUGUUGUGAACUCCCAGUAGUUCUCAUGCGUAGCAGUAAUACGACCGACUUACCCGUUUCAUCCUAUAAAGUGACUGAAAUCAAGACACACAGCCAUGAACAACGUGGAACUUUAAAUAAAAUGAGUUAUAUAAGAGAUAAACAGCCUACAGGUGUCGUUUCAUCGACCAGGACGGCCGGUGUCAGCUAUGAUACAGCGAUGACAGUAUCUUCCAAAUAUGAAAACAUAUAUGGAAUAAGGAGGUUUGGCAAAACAACGUCAUUUUUGCGAGGAAAACACAAGGAAAAUCGCGUAAAGCGAGGUUAUCAAACAGAAAAGGUGACAGUACGAAACGAGUCUAUUAUGAAUCGAUCAGUCGAGUCGCCGGAGUAUGAACUUGAGCGCGUGGAGUCUUUGCCGAAGCCUGUAGCGCAGGUUCUGCCUACAGACUUUCAUCCUGAUUUCACGUCUAUUCCCGAAUGGGGAACCUCACCUUUGGAAGAGUAUGAGGAAGUCACCGCGUUCAUCCCCCGUAAUACACGACCAAGAACCCCAGGGGUGAAAAACCCCUUUUACCCCGUGACAGGUGAAUCGUACGGUGCAUAUGUUGUUAUGUGCAUCUCCAUCUUCUUUUUCACCGUGGGGAUUGUUGGGAAUAUAGCAAUCAUGUGCAUAGUGUGCCACAAUUACUACAUGAGAAGCAUUUCAAACUCUUUGCUGGCCAACCUCGCCUUGUGGGAUUUUGUCAUCCUCUUUUUCUGCCUGCCACUUGUUGUAUUCCACGAACUCACUAAGGAUUGGCUCCUUGGGGAAUUCUCCUGCAAGAUUAUUCCCUAUAUUGAGGUGGCGUCUUUGGGAGUAACUACCUUCACUCUUUGUGCUUUGUGCAUUGACCGUUUCCGUGCUGCGAGUAAUGUCCAGAUGUACUAUGAGAUGAUUGAAAAUUGCACGUCCACCACAGCCAAGCUAACCGUGAUCUGGCUCGGUGCUUUGCUCCUCGCCCUUCCCGAGCUCCUCAUCCGGCAGUUGGUUAAAGAAGUGAGUGAGCCACCGGAGGUGACGCCUUGCGAACAUUGUGUGGUCCGAAUCUCCACAGAUCUCCCAGACACUCUUUAUGUUCUUGGACUCACAUAUAACAGUGCCCGCCUUUGGUGGUACUUUGGCUGCUACUUCUGCCUUCCCACCCUCUUCACCAUCAUAAGCUCAGUGGUGACCGCACGUAAGAUCCGCAAGGCUGAGCGUGCCAGUGUCCGAGGCAACCGCAAACAGAUCCAACUUGAAAGCCAAAUGAACUGCAUUGUGGUUGCCUUGGCCAUCCUGUAUGGCUUUUGCGUCAUUCCGGAGAACAUCAGCAACAUCGUAUCUGUGUACAUGGCUACAGGCGUGCCACGUCGCACACUAGAUAUCCUUCAUCUAGUCAGUCAAAUGAUGCUGUUCUGCAAGUCUGCUGUUACACCUGUGCUGCUUCUUGCACUCUGUCGGCCAUUUAGCAAAGCCUUUCUGGACUGCUGCUGCUGUUGCUUUGAGGAGUGUGGCCCACCAAAAUCCUUAGAACCCAACAGUGACGACAACGAUCAGGACGGCACAACAGAUCUGGAGCUUUCACCCUAUAGCACAGUAGGCCGCAGGGAUGCAUCUACCUUCCCAAUAGCAGGAACACACUGCUAAGGUUAUACCUUACCUAAGGGUUACAUGUCAACAAGGGCUUAGAUUUGUGGUAUAAACCAACCGAGAGAUGAUAUUUUUGGAAGCUGUACAAUUUUUUUUUUAGACUUUUGUCUACUUUCUUUAGGGGAGAUACCCACAAAGUGGAUAUUUUAUGGAAAUAGAGACAAAGAGCCACACAUUUAUUACAGGACACGUGGUCUUAGGGAUGACUGUUAAUGUUUACAAAAAGAAGACGUCGUGUAGUUUCUUUGAAGUUUAUGCAAAGUUUAGAAGAAUUAAGGUCUUUGCACACUGAAGUCUGAAAUUUUUGUAUGCGUUUUUUGUAUUUGUAUCUUAGAAAUAGAAAGUUAUAUAUCAUAGGUGUCAAAGUCAAUUCUUGGAGGGCCGCAGCUCUGCACACUUUUGCUCCAACCCUGAUCAAACACAGCUGAUCCAACUAAUUGAGGUGUUCAAAAGAGUCAUAAACACCUUCAUUAGUUGAAUCAGCUGUGUUUGAUCAGGUUUGGAGCAAAACUGUGCAGAGCUGCGGCUCUCCAGGAAUUGAGUUGAGACCUAUGAUAUAUAUGUGUCUAUUCAAUCCAUUGCAUGGGGAGGGAAGAGUUCAGCUGAACUCUGUGAGGUUAUAUCGAAUUUCAAUAUUAAUUUAAUUUCUUGUGAAACUGCAGCCACAUAACAAAACAUUUAGUGAAUGAAUUAAUCCUAAACAGAGACUGGGCAAGGGUAUUGAGACUAUGGACACACAUACCCAGGCCAAACAUCCGCAUUGGGAAAUAUGCCGCAUUAGACCAGGGGUUCUCUUUUCACUUUGAGUCCCACCUCCUUCUAAGAAAAAUUUUUGAAGGCCCAAACUGAUUGCCUAGAGAAAAUGCUUAUUUUAAAGCUUUAUUUAUUAGCAAAACACUUAUUUUGCCUUCUAAUAUUCCCUUAUUUUUCUACAUAUAAAAAAACUGAAACAUUGUAUAGGUAUUCUUUACAACUGCAGAGUAUCAGGGCCUUUUUUCAGUGAAGGAACCUGACAGAAAAUGGCAAAAAAAAAAUGCUGCUGCUUUGAAUUAGACUUCUAUUCAGCUAUUGAUCUUCUAUUCAUAUCCAUUAAAAAAACAACCUAACCCUAAAUGUAAAUUAUUGGAGUUCGCUGACAGGAACAGUGAACAGCUGUUCACUAUUGAAACACCACGAGUCUCGCUAGAUCCUCCUGCACGGACUCAUGUCAGUUCUAAAAUGCUCGCGGGACGUUAAUUUGGACAACUAUGCAGAUAUUUUAAAGUGUUCACACAAAGAGAGCAUGCACAGUUUGUGAAUCAAAGGACUUGUGCGACUAUGAUACGUGCGAGGUGGUUAUUAUAACUCUAAUCAUUGUUACCUUUACAUUUGCAUGAUGGUUUGAUCUAUACAAUUGAGAACAUCGUACUUGACGCGCAUCGGUUGGAAGUUUAAGCCAUAGUUAUGUCUGGAAUAAACAGUGAGUCUGUCUUUGCACUGUUUUUGUCCAAAUUAGCCUGUUCAAUCACAAAAAAACAGGAAAUGCAAUUACUACUAUCAUUUUAAUAUGACAUAUUUAAUAAUGAAAUCAAAUAAUCAUAGUACAAAAUUUAAGUUAAUUUUAAGCUAUCUCGAGCCCACUUGCAGGAUUGCUGAGGCCACGGCCCACCGGUUGAGAAUCCCUGCAGUAGACUACAGAAGUGAAUCUCAAUCAUCUGCCACAUUCUGUCUUUAUAUUACACAGUUUUUUUGUCAUAAAGCGCUAUGUGUUCUAAGUCAGGGGUUCCCAAACUUUUCAACCUGCAACCCCCAAAAUAACCAUGUCAGUGACUCGCGACCCCAAAUAUCUUUUGAGGUGGUUAUAAAUAUAUAAACAUUGCACACAACAGCACACACAUACUAAUAGACCCAAGUGUAUUCAUCAUUUAAUUUUGAAGAACGUCAUUCAGAGACCAUCCUUCAUGUUCAGUUGUGGCCUGUAUUUAUUUUUAAUGUACGUGAGUGUCAUAAAGGUGUCAGAAAGUUUAACCUAGUGCCAUAAAAUCAAUGUACUCUGUCUUUAAUAUAACAUAAUCACCGCAGGUGUCGCAGAAAAAAAAUAGAAAGGCUGAUGGCUUUUUAUUUGUAUGUUGUUUUGUUUUUAUGUAACUAUUAACUACUAUUUUUAUCUUCUACAAAUUAUGGAUAAAAUAUGGGAAUUCUAAUAGUUUAAUAAAGUUAAUUAGAUUUUUGGAAAUCACCAAGCGACCCCCCCCCCCCCCUCCCAUUGUCAUGUGACCCCCACUUUGGGAACCCCUGUUGUAAGUGAAAGCAUUCUGGAUUUUGGCUUUCACUUGUACGGUUGCUUUGAAUUGUCAAACCACCUCUCAAGACCAUUGAUGACCAUUGCAUGUAAUAAUUAUACAUAUAUAUACAUACAUAUAUAUACAUACAUACAUAUAGUUGAAGCCAGAAUUAUUAGCCCCGCUGUUUAUUUUCCCCCCAAUUUCUGUUUAGCGAAGAGAUUUUUUUCAACACAUUUCUAAACUGAUUUAUUUUAUCUUUGCCAUGAUGACAGUAAAUAAUAUUUUACUAAAUAUUUUUUAAAACACUUCUAUACAGCUUAAAGUGACAUUUACAGAUUUAAAUAGGUUUAUCAGGUUAACUUGGCAGGUUAGGGUAAUUAGGCAAGUUAUUGUAUAAAGAUGGUUUGUUUUGUAGACAGUCGAAAUAAAAGGGGCUAAUAAUUUUGACCUUAAAAUGGUUCAUAAAAAAUUUAAAACUGCUUUUAUUCUUGCUGAAAUAAAACAAAUAAGACUUUCCUUAGAAGAAACAAUAUUA